AUGGCUCGAAAGACGGACCUUUCUGUGGGAACGUUGAACACUAUCAUUCAUGAACACCUACAGUUUCGGAAAGUUGGUGCCCGUUGGGUUCCGAGGCAGCUCUCCGUGUUUGACCGACAGAGAAGACUGGAAAUCUCCCAAGAGCUAAGGUACAGUUUCGACACUGAAGGACAGCCGUUCCUUCAUCGGAUCAUUACGUGCGAUGAAACGUGGGUGCAUCAUUUCACUCCUGAGUCUAAACGCGCAUCAAAACAGUGGAAGCAUCGUGGCUCGCCAGCUCCCAAGAAGUUCCGAAGCACCCCGUCUGCGGGUAAGGUCAUGGCCACAGUUUCCUGGCACAAGGCUGGCGUUGUUCAUGUUGAUUUUCCGCACUGUGGUACCACCAUCAAUAGUGCCUAUUACCGUCAGGUUCUCAGGGAUGUGCAUAAGGCGCUGAAGCAAAAGCGGCCGGGCCUCAUCACCAAAGGAGUCCUCCCCCUCCUACAGGACAAUGCACGCCCGCAUACCACGCAUCUCACGACACGCACGUUACAGGAUCUUGGCUGGGAGUUGCUGCCACAUCCCCCUUACAGUCCAGACCUCACCCCAAGUGAUUUCCAUCUCUUUGGGCCACUGAAGGCGCUCCUUGGGGGCCGCCACUUCAGCUGCGACGACGGGGUCAAGAAUGCGGACCGAUCAUGGCUGCUACGCGCCGGUAAGGAUUUCCACGCUGCUUGCAUCCAAGCCCUCGUGAAACGCUGGGACAAGUGCAUUAGUGCAGCUGGAGAUUACGUUGAAAACUAA